AUAAACUCAGAAAAGUCGGGUACAUGUCCGAUUUCAAGAUGCAGGAACUUAACACUGAGGAGUCCUUACCAAUGGAUCAUAGUACUGACGCACCUAGUGAGGAAAAUAAUCCAAAUGUGAUAAAUGUGGAAGUAAGCAAUGGUGUAAACAAAUUGAUUGAAAAAGAAGGCAAUGAUGUAUGCCCUGCCGUUGAUGUUGAACAUAAACAAUACGACAAUGAAAAUGGUCCAAUUAAUAAUGCCUCGAAUAAUGUACAUGUGGAUGGAUCUGUGGCUAGGAAGAGUAGAAUUUCAAAAAAGUUAAGGAGAAUUGCUAUCGCUGACAGUGAUUCGGAAACAGAUACAGUUGACACAGUCUUGAGAAAUUCUGAUGAAGAGAAUUCUUCAAAGGUAGAAGACAUUGACGAAAAAUCCUUAUCACAAAACGAAGUUGUAGAAAAUAGUAUUAAAAAAAGGCGUGCUAUAAUUGACAGUGAUUCUGAUGAGACUGAAAGUGUUGAUCAUAAAGAAACUAGUAGAUCAAAGCUUAUUAUAGAUAGUGAUUCGGACGGAGAAACAUUUAAUACGAAUAAUGUACAUACAGACACUGUUGAGGGUUCUGCUUUAUUUGAUCAGACAUCCCGUAUAGCAGCUCUAUGCGAUUCUGAAAGUUCUGAAGAUGAACGUGAAAUGGCCUAUUCAGAAAAUAUCAAAAGCAUGCAGAACACUAAAAAGAAAUCAGUUGUGCGUCCCAAAAAAGAAAGACCACCAAAGAGAAUGACUGCAAAAGAUGCAAUAAAGCAACGGCAAGAGAUCGCGUCGGAAUCACAAAGAAUGCUGAGAGAAAUGCCACUGGCACUUCCAUAUCACAGGCCUAAGGAGCGUUCCAUGGAAGAGUUCUUUAAAAAUCGACCUCGAUUAUCUAUUAUAAAAAAGAAACCUAAUCUGCCAGUCUCUGCUGCCAUGAAAAUGACCACUGAAGAAUUCAAAGCUGUUGUGAAAGAAAUGGAAGACAGAGAGAAAGAGGUAGAAAAAUUUUAUAAGUCCGACUCUGAAGAAGAGCAGGAGGAAAAUAUUGCACUAGCAAGUGUGGAUGAUAACAUUGAUAAUGAAAAUCAUCAUACUCCAGAGAAGACGGACAGUGUAACACCACCAACUGCCACCAUUUCUAAUCCUGCAGAUGAUUGCGUUAAUUUACCAAACAACCUUUCACAGUCCAAUGAUUGUGAUAAUGUGAAUGAAACUGAAACUAUCAACAUGAAAACCGUAGAAGAGGCGCACAAGGACUGUGUGGGUGUGGUUGAAGUGGAUGAAUGUAUGAGUACAACACAAGAUUUCUUUGAAAACAACUGCAUCAAUGAUGAAAACAAAGAGGACAGUAAAGUGGUAGAAGAUUUGGUGAUGGAAACUUCACAGACCCACUCCGAUAUGAAUGAUAGUACUGAGGCAAGAAGUGAAGACUGUGAGGUGAAUCCGUGUGAAGAAAGAGAAAAGGGAGACUCUGAUCAUAGCAUUGCUCAUGAUUUGGAGAAUCUUUCGUGUGAACACCCUGUACAAAAUGACACUUGUGCACCUUCAGUCCAAAAUAAAAUUAUAAUACACUCUAUUGUGACUAUUCCAAAUGUAACUAAUGCGACGGAGGAAUCGGUAGACUACGAUUUUAAUUUAGACGGCCUUGAUGAAAAUAUUGAAAAUGGCGAAGACGCUCGGCUUCAGACUUUGAUAAAUAAGUAUGCGAGCACCGAUGCGAAAUGCGACUCAAAUCAAAAAAUGACCUUUAAACAGCAACUAUUCAAAGAACUGGGAAAUCGCCGGCCUGCUCUCAGCGGCGAUCCCGACCAGGAAAUCGAUUUCGAUGAUGGAAUAAUGAGACCUAAUCCAGUAUGCCAACUGAAAGACCGAUUCAUGAAACUUCAGGCACCAAGGAAGGCUAAACGAGAGACAAUGAAAUUGGAUAUAGUAAAUUUAUCGCAAGGAGAGGUACAGAAGGAAAUAGUUACUAUAACGGUGGAUGAUAAUAAAGAAAGUGAAAUGCCAUCAAAGCCAGGGGUCCGCCUACAAAUGCUGAGGAACGAACUUCAGGAGAAGAUAGCCAAAGAAAAGGCAGAAACGUGGAAAAAUAAAGAUGUCACUUUGUCGCAGCUUGAUGAAAAUGCCGACGAUAUGGGUGAAACUUCUUGCAAAGACGGUUAUGAAGCUGAUGAAGAGAUUUUGGAUGAUGAGGAAGAAGAGGAGGAGACGGAUGAAGAAACUGAUGAUGAGAUCGAACAGGUCGAAAAAGUUAGGAAGAAAUCUGCUUUUGUUGAUGAUGAGGCUGAAGUGACUGAUGAAGAUGAAUGUGAUGAUGCAAGUUCUGGUAGAAGCUCCAAAAUGUCCGUUCAAGUAGAUGAAGACAAUUCAAAUACUGGAGAGGGGCUACCAGAACCUAAGAAACGAACAAGUAGAAUUCUGAAAGGGUUCGCAGAAGAUUCAGAUAAUGACAGUGUGGACGAUUUAAAACCAUCAGUGAAAGUAGCUGAUACAUGUAAUAUUGAAACUGAAAGUGUCUCUGAUGUUUGGGAUGAUCAUUCAAGUAUUCCACCUCAUCAACCUAUACCUGACAAAACGCCGCAAAAACCAAUGACUCAACCUAAUACAGACAGUAGCUUUUAUACUCCUGUAAUGCAAUUAACAGCUCUUCAAGGGUUAAAUUCAGGGUCUAAGUUCCUACACGAAUCGCCUAUAUCCCCAUUUCGGUUUUCAUCAGCUACUCCUAGUCAAUCUGUCGAAGGAGCAAGGCAAAAACUGUUUGUGGAUAAUUGCGAUACAGCUCAAGUUGAGGAUCUGGACGACAUUGCUGAAUUAUGUUCAGGCAAAUUUCCUAGUACAAAUGAUACAACGGUUGUUGAACUACCACAACCCACCACCCAAGAUUUACUAGAAAUUUGUUCAGGAUCGUUUACCGGCCUGACAAAUAGUAAAUUGAACAACCAAUGUGACAGCAUUGAGCAAUGCAAAAAGCUAGAAUCACCAGUAGAGGAACCGGACACUGUUGACCUACCAAAUCAGGACUCCAGCAAUCCUGAUGCCGAAUCCAGGUAUUUGGAUGAAGAUAGAAUUAUCUCGCAGCUUUUAAAUGAGGAGGAGCUGGCACAAUUUAAAAAGAAAUUCGAAUCGCCAGUUGCAGAUCAAGGUAGCGUAGACAUACAGGGAGGUGGCAAGUUAGUCUUUGACUCGUCAGACGAUGAGUUCAGCGAAAGUAAUCCAAAAGUAACAAAAACUCACCAUAAGAAAUUACAGUUCUCAGAUGAUGAAUCUGAAGAAGAUAAUGACAAUGAUGAAGAAAUUGAUCUGUAUGAUGAUAAUUCGGAUGCGGACGAAGGCAAAAUGGAAAUUUUGAAUGAAGAGAUCAAUUAUGAUUCUGAAGAAAAUGAAGUCGACCAGUCUUCAGUUCACAAACAGAGAAGCGCACCAGGUGACUUCUUGGAGAAGGAAGCUGAGCUUACCGAAUCCGAAUGGGACAGUGCAGACGAAGACGAAAGAGAUUUGGACAUUUUAGAAGCCGAACAGGGUGAUACAGAAGUGUUUGAUGAAAACAAAAUAAGAAACGAUUUGGAAAAGAUUCACAUGCGGAGAGUAUUGGAUGAUGAUCAACGAGAAAUAAAAAUUUUACAGGAAAUGCUAUUGGAAGAUGGUGAAUUACAUGGCACAGGAAGAGAAAGACAAUUCCGUUGGAGGAAUAUUGACGAUAAUGCGAAUGAUGACCGAGGUCCAAAGGAUGAAGAUGAUGUGUACUUAGAGGAAGACGAAAGUGAGGAACAGUGGAGACGUGCGAGGCAUCAGAGAGAAAUGUUCUUAAAAAGCCAGCAAGAACAAAAUGGCGUAGACGAUUUGGAUAGUGAUAUUCUCUCAAAUAACGAUAGUCAAGUCUUUAAAAUCGGACAAGAGGCUUUCCAAAGGAGUUUAUCACAUGACAAAAACACGUCAACCGACUUGAAUUCUAAAACUUCUUUUUUUUCAAACACUAGGGGAUCAUUUUUAUCACGGACUGACAGAUUUUUAACACGGCUUGCUGGUAUGACUAAAGUUACGAGUACCGUUAAUGUAGUAAAAACUUCUAAGAAGAUUGUUUUUCAUACAACCAGUUUCACUAGUGAAAAUGAGGAUAAAUCAAAUAACAAAAGAAAAGCAAGUGAUGGGACACCAGUAGCCAUAAAGAAAUUACGAUUAACAUCCAAUUUUAGUCCUAGUAUAAGCACAAGGGAUCAAAAGACGAAGUUGUUUUAGUGUACCUAUAUUUUAGACAAAUGUUUAUAUAUACGUUUUAAGAAAAUUGUUUGUUGUGUACUUUCCUACAAUGGGCGAGAUAAAAU